AUGUCAGUUAUCGUCAAUGGGAGUACAACGAAAGAUUUCAAAGUUGAGAGGGGAUUGCGCCAAGACGAUCCUCUUUCCCUUUUUUUUGUUAUGGAGGCCUUGACUUAUUUAACGAAUAAGACGGUGGAGAACGGUGAUUUUAAAGGCUUCCGGUUUAAUGAAGAUGAGGAAGUUAGUUUAUUGCAAUUCACAGAUGACACUGUUAUAAUGACGCGCGGGAAUAGUGACAACUUGUGGUGUAUGAAGGCUAUUUUUAGAGAUUUUGAGAUGAUGUCCAGUUUGAAGGUGAACUUCCUUAAAAGCAAGCUUUAUGGCAUACAUGUGGGAGAUUGGCUUAUGGAAGUUGCGUCGAACUUCUUCGCGUGUGAUCUUCAUAGGUUCCCCUUUAAGUUUCUUGGAGUCAAAGUCGGGGACAUCUCGAGGAAGAUUAAUAUGUGGAGAGAUUUGAUUAACCAAGUCAAGAAUAGGUUGGAGUUAUGGAAGGGUAGGAAGCUAUCAUUUGCGGGGAGAGUUGUGUUGAUUAAUUUGGUGUUUAACACUAUACCUAUUUACUCACUAUCCUUUUACAAAGCUCCUUGCAAAGUUUUGCAACAAAUUCGUCAGAUACAAAGCAAUUUCUUGUGGCACGGGAAAGAGGAUAAAAGGUUUAUUCAUUGGGUUAGUUGGAGUAACGUUUGUAAGACUCGUGAUAAAGGGGGCUUGGGAAUUAAAGAUGUGGGUGCCGUGAAUUUAUCUCUUUUUGAGCAAGUGGAAAUGGCGUGUUAUGCAUGA